CCCCUUUACAGAACUUCCCGCACUUCUGGCCAGCUGUCCCAGCAGAACACGCGGGGGCUGUGUCUGAGCUGAGCUCACCUGUUAUUUCAAGAAAUUUUAAUAGCAGGUUUUAAGCUACUUAUUUCUUUUUUGGACUAUACAGGAAGUCUGAGCUUAAAAAAAAAAAAAACAACGAUAGAAGUAUAAUUACCCUGGCACGCCUGCAUUCCUGCUCCAGGCUCAGGAGGGAAGGGAGUCUUUCUUGUCAGUGCAGGCACAUUAAAGCCAGGAAAAGAACCGGAUCCCUGGAGAUCGUUGCCACCAACGUGUGUAACUGAAACCCACAGCCAUGCUGAAACAGAUAUUAUCGGAGAUGUACAUUGAUCCUGACCUGCUAGCAGAACUCAGCGAGGAGCAGAAGCAGAUCCUCUUCUACAAGAUGAGGCAGGAGCAGAUCAGACGGUGGAAAGAAAGAGAAGCUGCUGCAGACAAGGUUUCAGCAAAGAAGCUACUGCCAAAAAAAGCCAGCACGAAGUCUGUACAAUGGAAGCUAGGUGCUGACAACGAUGUCUGGGUGUGGGUGAUGGGUGAGCAUCCUUCAGAUAAAUCGUAUGCAGCCAUCUGUGAAGAGAUCCAGGCACAAAGAGCAAAGCGGUUAGCAAAUGAGCAAGGCAAGGAGACCAGAGAGACAGACUGUGCUGUAACACAACCACAGCCAGAAGUCCUGGGUGAAACAGAAGUUAAGGGAAAAAUAAAACACUGUAGAGGAACAGAAAGAAGAGGCGAGAAAAACACUGCUGGUACAAUUGAGAAAAGCCAGGAGCUCAAAAAGGUAGUUUUCCCCUUUCUUCCACUCUAAUCAUAAUCAUUUGCUUUGAGAUCUAGGAAGUGCAGCAAAUCCUGGUUGCUAUUAAUAGAAAUCUGAGAGAAAAGCCAGCUGACUAUUAAGGUUUUUCUUCUGUAUUUUCAGGACAAGCCAUACUGCUAUAUCCUUCCUUAAGACUUCGAAGGUCUAAAUGCUAUUGUUAGCUGGGACAGAUCUGCUCUGCAGUACUAGUUAAUCUC